CACUCCCUCAAAUUGGCGCUCUUUACCCGCCCUCUUGUCAGUCUUGCUCGCAAGAGCUGCUUGCCCGGGCUUGCAAAAAGAAUACAGCAGCAACACGAACGACGCUGUAUCGCCCUCCUCGCCGCCCCAACCUCACCACCACCGCCGCCCCCGCGCGACCGGUAUCCUCCGAUGCCUGAUGACAAGUUUCCCUUCGUGGAACCACCGCCCGUGAUGAUCACGCCCUGCGAUCCUUGGCCGCCGCCAUACUAUCUCGAGGAUGGCCUGCGCAAAGUAGAGCCGUAUCACUUCACCUACAACACAUAUUGCAAGGAGCGAUGGCGGGGGAGGGAGCUCCUCGACAUCUUCGCCAGCGAAUUCCGUGAUCGUCCGGCCGCAUACUACGAGAAAGCCAUCAUUGAGGGUCGCGUUGUCGUGAAUGGCAAGCCCGUACCCUCGACGAACCACAUUAUCAAGAAUGGCGACAUGAUCACGCACACUUUGCACCGCCAUGAACCGCCCAGUACCGCCCAGCCCAUCGGAAUCGUUCAUGAAGAUGAUGAUAUGAUUGUCAUCAAUAAACCUGCCGGACUUCCCGUCCACCCAGCCGGACGUUACCGCUUCAACUCGAUAAUCGAGAUCAUGCGCGCCGAUCGCAGCAAAGGAUGGAACCCGCUCCCCUGCAACCGCCUCGACAGGUUGACCAGCGGCAUAAUGUUCAUUGGGAAGCAUCGUCAGGCUGCCGAAGAAAUGAGCGCCCAGAUUCGUGGCAGAACGGUCAAGAAGGAAUACAUAACCCGUGUAUUAGGAGAAUUUCCCGAGGGCGAAAUCGUCUGUGAGAAGCCCAUCCUCCAGAUCAGCCCCAAGCUUGGCCUCAACCGCGUGAGAGCGAACGGAAAGGAAGCGUUGACCGUCUUCAAACGAAUGGCAUACUACCCGCCCAAGGACGACGAGGAACAGCCCCAGCAGAAAGGUGGCGAAGGAACUGGUGAGCCCAAAGGGAUGGCCUGGAAGAAUAUGCGCGGCUACUCCAUUGUUCGAUGUUUCCCUGUCACCGGACGUACCCACCAAUUACGAGUACAUCUGCAAUUCCUGGGCCACCCAAUCUCCAACGACCCCAUUUACGCCAACCAGCGCGUAUUCGGUCCCUCGCUUGGCAUGGGCGGUACCGAAGACGAAAAUGAAGAAGACAUUAUGAGUCGGCUGGCUCGCAUGGGAAAGGAAGAGGUCGCGGAUGCCGUUGCCUACCACGACGAAAUGGUGGACCAGUACAACAAGAGAAAGGCGGAAAAGAUGACCGGCAAGACAUGCGAUAUUUGCGAUACACCACUAUAUAGCGAUCCUGGCGUGCAUGAGCUGGGUAUAUACCUCCACGCUAGAAGAUAUUACUGUCAGGAUGGUAAUUGGGACUAUGAGACGGGCCUGCCGGACUGGGCACUUCCUCCACCAGGCUAUGAGGGCGCCACGGAACCUACUCAGGAGUCGGACCCCUUGGCUAUCGAUUUGAGCAAACUGGGAUUAGAUGAUGGCGAAGACAAGCCUGAUGAAAAGACAACGGCAGAUGAGGCAUCUCAGCCUGCAUCUACAGAUGAGCCGAUAGCGGCAUCCGGGGCUGCGUGA